AUGGCGGACGACUCCACUCCCAUCGAGCUCGGAGCCAUUGACAAGCUCGAACUCCUCCAUGACACCACGGCCGUAAACUGGGCGUCGUUUGAAGAUACGCUUCACACACACCUUGGCUCCGUCAUCAUUCAAGAUUAUUGCCUUCUUGAUGUCGUCCUCGAGCACCCUAAUGGCCUCCCACCUGUACUCCCCCCUCCCCUUGAACCUCCUCCCCCUAAUGCCCCUCCUCCACCCGAGCCUCUUCCCGACCCCCCGCGUGCCCCAGUUCAUGAUGACAACCCGGAUCGCUGGGGGGCCAACCUGAACGCUUACAACAGGCUUCGCGACACUUACACCCUCCAGCGUGAGGCGCACCGUGUUGCUGAAGCAGCACACACUGAUGCUACUGCACGCCUCCUCUCCUACGCUCAAGACGAAAAAGACUAUGCUGAGGAGCUUCGCAAGAUCCACAAGGAUGUUGCAGCAUGGCGCAUUGCUGAUCGUCGUGCACUCGCCAUCAUCUUCUCCUGCAUCCCCUCCCACCUCAAACGCGACCUUCGUCCCACCUCCUCCUCUGGACUCUGGAAAACCCUCUCUACUCAGUACGAUCGUCAGGACCUUCGCUCCCUCCUCGCCCUUUUCCGCAAAUUCCAAGACAUCACUCUUGACUCCUCCCCCACUGCUGCUGCCUACACCCGUCGCCUCAUUGACACUGUGCAACGCCUCAAUGACCGCGGCAUUGUCAUCUCUGAGUCCCUUCUUACUGCACGCAUCCUUGACUGCCUCCCUCCCACAUAUGACACCUACCGCAUCACCUUCACCUCUCGCUACCGUCAUCCUCCUCCUGUGGCUGACACCAUCGAGUGGCUCCUUGACAGCGAAGCGGACAUUCAACGUGACUCCGCCACCGUCAAUGCUGUCCAGACCCGCAAAGCUACCACAGGCAACCACAAUAGCGGAACAGGUGGCGGCCCAGGUGGCGCCGGUGGUGGUGGUGGUGGACGUGGUGGCGGCCGAGGCGGAGGACGCGGUGGUGGUCGCAGUGGUGGCCGUGGCGGACGCGGCGGAUAUCCCUCACCUUCAGGCACCCUCCCCCCGUGUCAGUACAUCAUCCGCUAUGGCUCCAACAAAGGUCAGCCAUGCUCUCAGACCACUCACACCACGGACACGUGCUUCAAAGCCCUCACGGACGAGUGGUUUGCACGUGGCAACGUUGGCACUCCACCUCGCUGGAACACUGUUUUCCCACGCCCCUCCAUUCAUGACAUCCGCACCCUCCCCGCAUAUCAGCCCUCUACUCCCAACCUUCACAAUGUCCUCACUCAGCAUCUCCCAUCUCACAUCCUUCAACAAGUUCAGCAUCUUCUCCCCUCCACUCCCACCACACCCACUCCUCCCCCAUCCACACCUCCGCCUCAAGCCCCUCCCCCUCACUACCCUCCACCCUAUGCUGGCUGGCCUUACCCUCCUUACCCACCUCCUGGAUAUGGUUCUCUCAGCAGUCGCGCUCCCGUCUCUCUGCCCCUCACGGCAACCCAGCGAAGCCGAGCUGCAAUGCAGCUGUCUCCUCGCCCCGACCCUCAGCGCAGCAGAGCACGAGUGCACCUGUGUCCCCGCAUCAGCCCGACCCACCAGCGCAGCUGUCUUGCAACUUCACCGCCUCCUCUUCCUCCUCCUCUCACUCCGGACCUCACUGAGGAUUCUCAUGAUGAGCUAAUGUUCCUCCACCUCCUCUCACCAACCGUCGCCCCCGUCGUCCGCACAAUGGCUGGCACCACUGUUCUUCUCUUCUCCACCACCCCCACCAUCUACGAACCCACCACCUAUGAGCAAGCACUUGCCUGCCUUGAUGCACCUCUCUGGAUCGAGGCCAUGGUCAAGGAGAGCAAUGCCUUCAUCAGCAACCGCUCGUUUAUCGACGUCCCUCGUCCCUCAAAGCACAACGUGCCCCAACCCCAUCACGUCUCACUCCCCCGCUAUGGCCUGCAUCUCGAGAGCGUCGCUGCGGAUAGUGCGAGUGAAGAAGGGGUAGGAGGCGGCAGAGAGGGAGGGGUCGGGUCGGGACCCACAUCCCCACCCCACACUGCUAUAAUCAGUCAGCCGUCACGUGCUGCUACCGUGCCACGCCCAUCAGCACAUCACGUCUCACUCACCCGCUAUGGCCUGCAUCUCGAGAGCGUCGCUGCGGAUAGUGCGAGUGAAGAAGGGGUAGGAGGCGGCAGAGAGGGAGGGGUCGGGUCGGGACCCACAUCCCCACCCCACACUGCUAUAAUCAGUCAGCCGUCACGUGCUGCUACCGUGCCACGCCCAUCAGCACAUCACGUCUCACUCACCCGCUAUGGCCUGCAUCUCGAGAGCGUCGCUGCGGAUAGUGCGAGUGAAGAAGGGGUAGGAGGCGGCAGAGAGGGAGGGGUCGGGUCGGGACCCACAUCCCCACCCCACACUGCUAUAAUCAGUCAGCCGUCACGUGCUGCUACCGUGCCACGCCCAUCAGCACAUCACGUCUCACUCACCCGCUAUGGCCUGCAUCUCGAGAGCGUCGCUGCGGAUAGUGCGAGUGAAGAAGGGGUAGGAGGCGGCAGAGAGGGAGGGGUCGGGUCGGGACCCACAUCCCCACCCCACACUGCUAUAAUCAGUCAGCCGUCACGUGCUGCUACCGUGCCACGCCCAUCAGCACAUCACGUCUCACUCACCCGCUAUGGCCUGCAUCUCGAGAGCGUCGCUGCGGAUAGUGCGAGUGAAGAAGGGGUAGGAGGCGGCAGAGAGGGAGGGGUCGGGUCGGGACCCACAUCCCCACCCCACACUGCUAUAAUCAGUCAGCCGUCACGUGCUGCUACCGUGCCACGCCCAUCAGCACAUCACGUCUCACUCACCCGCUAUGGCCUGCAUCUCGAGAGCGUCGCUGCGGAUAGUGCGAGUGAAGAAGGGGUAGGAGGCGGCAGAGAGGGAGGGGUCGGGUCGGGACCCACAUCCCCACCCCACACUGCUAUAAUCAGUCAGCCGUCACGUGCUGCUACCGUGCCACGCCCAUCAGCACAUCACGUCUCACUCACCCGCUAUGGCCUGCAUCUCGAGAGCGUCGCUGCGGAUAGUGCGAGUGAAGAAGGGGUAGGAGGCGGCAGAGAGGGAGGGGUCGGGUCGGGACCCACAUCCCCACCCCACACUGCUAUAAUCAGUCAGCCGUCACGUGCUGCUACCGUGCCACGCCCAUCAGCACAUCACGUCUCACUCACCCGCUAUGGCCUGCAUCUCGAGAGCGUCGCUGCGGAUAGUGCGAGUGAAGAAGGGGUAGGAGGCGGCAGAGAGGGAGGGGUCGGGUCGGGACCCACAUCCCCACCCCACACUGCUAUAAUCAGUCAGCCGUCACGUGCUGCUACCGUGCCACGCCCAUCAGCACAUCACGUCUCACUCACCCGCUAUGGCCUGCAUCUCGAGAGCGUCGCUGCGGAUAGUGCGAGUGAAGAAGGGGUAGGAGGCGGCAGAGAGGGAGGGGUCGGGUCGGGACCCACAUCCCCACCCCACACUGCUAUAAUCACGUCGCUGCGGAUAGUGCGAGUGAAGAAGGGGUAG